UAAUUAUUUUAUUAUUUACAAAACAUUGUUGGACCAAGGGAAACAAUUACAUUAUCGUGGCCAAUGAAAAUAGUUUUUUUCAACCAUGUAGUCCAGAGGAUAAUGUCGGCAAUACAAAUAUGGAAGAUUUGUUUGAACUUAAUUUGAAACAUCACUUUGCUGACGAUAUGGAAACUUUAAUUACGAAUGGUAAUAUAACAAUGAAAUUUAGUGUACCAAUAGGUGUAAUGAUAGAGUUAGAUUUGGAAAUUUUACAAUGGAAACGUGGUAAGUGGGAAAAAACAUUAUAUUCCAUAAAACGUGAGGAUUUUUGUACUGCUGCUUUUAAUCCGUCGGAAUUUUGGUAUUCGUUGACAAGUCAAAUAGCUCAAGAAGAUCGUGUUUGCCCACCAAAGGAGGGAACUGUCUAUCAUUUAAAUAAUAUAGAAAAUCGUAUUGAACUUAAUAAUGUAGUUUCAAUGGAUAUUGAAGGAGAUUAUAAAAUUGUAGCACAUUUUUCUGCCGGUAAUUAUGCCUCCUGUAUUGCUUCUCUUGUAACGAUCUGGAAAAACUAAUUGAACUUUUUUUUGGAAAAAUUGUAAGAAGAAUAUAGGCCGGUGUAUAAAUUUUGCUUUAUAAAUUGUAUAAAAAAUAAAAUAUUG